GCCAUGCUGUCCCGCAAGGGCAUCAUCCCGGAGGAGUAUGUGCUGACGCGGCUGGCCGAGGACCCCGCCGAGCCCAGGUACCGCGCCCGUGAGCGGAGGGCCCGCUUCGUGUCCAAAAAAGGCAACUGCAACGUGGCCCACAAGAACAUCCGCGAGCAGGGCCGCUUCCUGCAGGACGUCUUCACCACGCUGGUGGACCUCAAGUGGCCGCACACGCUGCUCAUCUUCACCAUGUCCUUUCUCUGCAGCUGGCUGCUCUUUGCCAUGGUCUGGUGGCUCAUCGCCUUCGCCCACGGUGACCUGGCGCCCGGCGAGGGCGCCGCCGUGCCCUGCGUCACCAGCAUCCACUCCUUUUCCUCCGCCUUCCUUUUCUCCAUCGAGGUCCAGGUGACCAUCGGCUUCGGCGGGCGCAUGGUGACGGAGGAGUGCCCCCUGGCCAUCCUGAUCCUCAUCGUGCAGAACAUCGUAGGGCUCAUGAUCAACGCCAUCAUGCUGGGCUGCAUCUUCAUGAAGACCGCCCAGGCCCACCGGCGCGCCGAGACCCUCAUCUUCAGCAAGCACGCCGUCAUCGCCCUGCGCCAGGGCCGCCUCUGCUUCAUGCUGCGCGUGGGCGACCUGCGCAAGAGCAUGAUCAUCAGCGCCACCAUCCACAUGCAGGUGGUGCGCAAGACGACCAGCCCCGAGGGCGAGGUGGUGCCACUGCACCAGGUGGACAUCCCCAUGGAGAACGGCGUGGGCGGCAACAGCAUCUUCCUGGUGGCCCCGCUCAUCAUCCACCACGUCAUCGACGCCAACAGUCCACUGUAUGACCUGGCGCCCAGCGACCUGCACCACCACCAGGACCUGGAGAUCAUCGUCAUCCUCGAGGGCGUGGUGGAAACCACGGGCAUCACCACCCAGGCCCGCACCUCCUACCUGGCAGACGAGAUCCUGUGGGGCCAGCGCUUCGUGCCCAUUGUGGCCGAGGAGGACGGCCGCUACUCCGUGGACUACUCCAAGUUCGGCAACACCGUGAAAGUGCCCACGCCCCUCUGCACGGCCCGCCAGCUGGACGAGGACCGCAGCCUGCUGGACGCCCUGACGCUCACCUCCGCCCGAGGACCCCUACGCAAGCGCAGCGUGGCCGUCGCCAAGGCCAAGCCCAAGUUUAGCAUCUCUCCGGAUUCCCUAUCCUGAG